AUGGCGUCGGGCGGAGACCCGGAGCUGCUGCCCGCGCUGGUGGUGCGCAACAUCGGCGACAAGCUGUACGAGAAGCGCAAGACGGCGGCGCUGGAGGUGGAGCAGCUGGUGAAGAAGUUCGCCAGCACGGGACACAAGGAAAAGAUCAAGGCGCUGGUGGGGCGCCUGGUGGACGACUUCGCGCUGUCGGGCCAGGCCAACCUGCGCAAGGGCGGCCUGCUGUGCCUCGCCGCGGCCACUGUCGGCCUGCGGUCCGUCAACGACGAGAACCUGAACAACCUGAGCUUCCCGCGGCUGCUGGGCGACAUCGUGCGCCCCGUGGCGCUGUCCCUCUCCGACCAGGACUCCCGCGUGCGCUACUACGCCUGCGAGGCCUUGUUCAACAUCGCCAAGGUCACGCGGGAGGACUUCAUCACCGACAAGUACCUCUUCCAGGAGGUCUUCUCCGCGCUGUUCCGCCUCUACGGCGACGCGGACGUCAAUGUCCAGAACGCCGCGCAGCACCUGGAUGAGGUGCUGAAGAACAUCGUGACGUCCAGCGCCGAGUUCGACCUGGAGGCGUUCAUCCAGCUGCUGAGGAGCUGCCUGUCGGUGCCAAACGCCCACAAGCGACAGUUCCUGAUCGGAUGGGUCACGGCGCUGUACAGCGAGCCCACUAUAGACAUGCUGCCCUACGUGCCAGAGAUCUCGGAGGGGCUGAUGAACAUGCUGAGCGACGAGCACAAGGAAAUCCGGACGUCUGCAUCCAGGGCCCUACAGGAUUUCCUGGUCGACAUCUCCCAAGCCUAUGAGGACACGGUGGACUUUCCAAAGGUGAUGGACAUGCUCAUCUCCAAGGCGAGCUCCCCAGAGACCACCACGUGCCUGACGGCCAUGAAGUGGAUGGACGCUGUGCUGCAGAAGAACAUCAUGGACGUAAUCGAGAAGUACGCACAGAUGGUUGGCGUUGUGCUGUCCUGCAUCAGCCACCCCAACCCGGACGUGCAGGAAAGCGCAGACUCAGUCAACACAUUGCUGCUGCAAAUGGACGAUGCAGAGGCAUGGGCACUGGUGGACAUGAGGGCACUGCUGGAGGCCAUCAGCAAGGAGCUUUCCAGCAACCAAGAGCCCACCAGGUUACAGGCGCUCAGGUGGUUCGAGUUCUUGCUGGAGCACAAUGGGAAAGCUGUGCUUGAAGAGAGUACAGUGGUCGUUGGUGCAGUGCUGGACGCACUGGCCAUGAACUGGGAGAAUGUCGUUCAAGCAUCGCUGAAGCUCCUUGCAGCCAUAGCACAGCAAGAAGGCCAUUUCAGUCCCGUUAUGGCAGAGGUGCUGGGCAGGUUCCGAGGCACAGAGGGCACACGACUCCUUCAUCGAUCAGGCUCGCAUAUAGUCCAACGGCUCUCUUGUCUGCUGGGACCACAGGAGGUUUACACAGAGUUGGCAUCCUUGCUUGAGCGUGGGAACAGCGAUGAUGGCUUCACAGGCACCAUGGUCCAGUCCCUGAACAUUUACCUUGUGACAGCCCCCGAGCUCAGGGACCUGCAGGUGCAACUCCAUCAGGGCCUGGCAGACGAAAAGUGUGCAACCCUGUUCAGGGCUUUGUACCCCUCUUGGUGCCACAGCGUCUCAGCAGUCCUCACGCUGUGCUUCCUGAGUCAGGCCUACGACCUCGCAUGGCUGCUCAUCAACAGCAUCGGCAACGUUGCGUGUGGCCCCUCCAUGAGCACUGUCGUGCAGAUCAUAAGGGUAGUGAAGCUUCUGGAGACACCGGCAUUCACAUACCUCAGGCUGCAGCUGCUCCAACCUGAAAGGUACCCUUACCUCAUGCAGUGCAUGCAUGGCCUCCUGAUGCUGCUGCCCCAGACGGAGGCCUUUAAGACUUUGUACGUCCGCCUGAAAUCGACGCCCGUUGUGCCCCUCUCCUUGGCCUCCUGCUCUGCCCUGUCCACGCCUGGCAAUGCCAAGCGGCCCCAAGGCGACGACCAUGGGGCACCCUCAGGCCUGGACUACAGCUCGCUGGUGGACAUAUUUGUGCGGUGCCAACAACGAAACGAGGAGAAGGAACGGCAUGCUUGCAAUGGGAAGUGA